AUGAAGCUACUGGGCCAGGCCAUUUUCUUGUUUCUGAUCGGGGGAAUGUGGUGCCAGAACAACCGUAAUGCUAAGGCAGGUGGUAAGUCUGCCAGGAAGUCUGGCGGGAACCAAGGAAGCGAUGCUGUCCAGUCUCCUCCUGCAGCUGAUCUGACUCCUGGAAGCACUGAAAACACUAGAGGUACUGGAGGCUCAGCUGAAGUAGGACGGGAAGGUGCUGCAGGAGCUCGAGCAGCUGGACAACAGAUGGACGACAUGAGGUUGCACUUUCUUAAGAACACCCAGGUUACAUGUAAUGAUGGAACCACUGCUGGGUUUUACCUUAAGGAGUUCCGAGGAAGCCGCCGAUGGCUGUUAUUUCUGGAAGGUGGCUGGUGCUGCUACAGCAAAGAGACCUGUGAUUCUAGAUACCAAAAUAUACCCCGACUAAUGAGCUCAUCAGGUUGGCCUCAGACAAAAAGAGGAACUGGAAUUUUGUCCUCAAAUGCAGAAGAAAGCCCACACUGGCAUAAUGCAAAUAUUGUAUUCAUCCCAUACUGUUCCAGUGAUGUAUGGAGUGGCACUGGGCCUGCACCAACUCCUCCUCCAAGACCACGACAGGGGAGAGAAAAAGAGAGAGAAAGAAAUCUCAAUGCGACUGAAUACACCUUUAUGGGAUCCUUGAUCAUCCAGGAGGUUAUCAGAGACCUCAUCCCAAAAGGAAUCAAGCAGGCCAAGGUCAUCAUGCUGGCUGGCACGAGCGCUGGUGGAACAGGUGUUUUGCUGAACAUUGACAGGGUAGCCAGUCAAAUGGCACAACUUGGUGCAGAGACUCAGGUCCGAGGCCUCGUUGACUCUGGAUGGUUUCUCGAGAGUCAACAGCAAAGAUCUCCUAAUUGCCCUGAGACGGUUUCCUGCUCUCCUGAGGAUGCUAUCAAGAUAGGGCUCAGGCUGUGGAACGGGGCUGUGCCUGAUAGCUGUCGGCAGCUCUAUAAGAGAGGGGAGGAGUGGCAUUGCUUCUUUGGCCACAGACUAUACUCUACUUUGACCUCUCCCCUGUUUGUUGUGCAGUGGCUGUUUGAUGAGGAGCAGCUGAGAGUGGAAAACAUCUAUAUGGGAGGACAAAGUAUGUCUGAGGAACAGUGGCAGUACAUAAGGAACCUGGGCAGGCUGCUUAAGAACUCAUUAAGAGAUGUCACGGGUGUUUUUGCUCCUUCCUGCCUCUCCCACACAAUGAUUACGAAAAGCAACUGGAAAAGUUUCCAAGUUAGAGGAAACUCCUUGCCACGUGCCCUGCACUGCUGGGACAGGAGUCUGGAGGCAACCCGCAACAACAGAACUCCAGCUAAAGGCUGUCCUUUCCACCUGUUGGACAGCUGUCAGUGGCCCCAGUGCAACCCCACUUGCCCACCCUUGGUGGACCAGGCCACGCAGCAGGAGCUCACCCUUGUCCAGAUGCUGGUAGCUAUGGGUCUUGACCCCCAGAAACUGGGCCUGGAUACUCAAGAGGAUGAAUAUUCUUUGGCUAGCUUGGCCAGCAAUGGUGGCUAA